CGCUUUUAUCGUCACGGUCAUUAAUUUAGGGAAAUUCCGCAUAUUCUCUUCGGGCUUGUGUGCAACGCUGAUUACAGGAUUAGUAAAAUUCCAUUCAAUAUGGUUCGUCAAAUUCAACUUACUUACUAAAAACACAGAAACGGCCUGACUACCAGAUGCAGUUCCCUGGAAAGUCAAGAAGAUAUGUCAGCUCGUAAGAAUGAAGUCGACAAUUCACCAUGGGGAAAAACAAGUCGCUUUACUUUUAAAAAUGGGACCAAACGUAAUGGAAAUCGUGCAAUUUUAAAAGAAGAAAAGGAAAAAUUUUUCAAUCAUGGAACAUUGCCAAAAUUUCGACCACACAGAAGUGAGAAAUGGCUUCACAAGAAAUGUGUUCCUGUUGAAACUGAGCUUUUCCAAGAGGCAACCACAAUCUUGAAUAAGGUGCGUGAUCAAUACAGUAAUGAUGGAAGUUUUAUUGAAGCAGCUUAUGGAGAAAGAAUUGAUGUUAAUCGUGCGAGUGAAGUAAUACAUAACUAUUUAGUUGAGCAUGGUGUUGAUGGAAUGAUGUCUGUGUAUUUCUCCGAUGAUUUAGAUUGCAGCGGAAAGAUGGCUUGGACUGGUCCAUUGAAUAAAUACAAUCAGCCAGAAAGAAGAAAUUUUUCAAUGUGGGUUAAAACAGCAAAUGACAACAUGUACUUCAGAGAAACAGGAAUUUUAAAUCUCUCAAAUCAUGAGAUUGGAACUCAUUUUUUUCGAUGUAUCAAUGAUGGUUUGCAGCCAUGGUUUGCUAAUCGUGUCAAAUUUGGACUCCAUUCGUUUAAAUCACAAGCACUCAAAGACACAGAGGAAGGUCUUGCCUCUCUCAACACUGCUUUUGAAUCCAAAGUGAAACUUCUUUGGGGUCCUGCAAUGUUAUAUUAUACAGCUUGCAUGUCACUUGAGAUGAAUUUCAGAGAAUUAUUCGAUCAUUUAAGCAUUUAUACUUCAGACCCAGAAGUUAGAUGGAAAUACAUAGUAAGGGUGAAAAGAGGUAGAGGUGCCACUCAACUGGGUGGACAAGGAAGGGACCAGUGCUACUUUAGAGGAGCGGUGAAUGUUCUACGAAAUUUGGAUCAUAUCAACUUUAAUUUAUUAUACGCCGGAAAAGUUACUGUUGAAGAUUUGCCUCGAAUACAACGUAUUGCAAGACUAGAAUGCCUCAAGACGCCUUAUUUCUUGAAGGAUUUGAACAGUUACAAGCGACAUAUGAGGAACCUUCUUAGAAUAAAUGGAAUCCCUAAGUCAAAGCCUCUACCACGGGAGCUAGCGUUAAAGAUAAACCCACCAAAAUCAGCAAGAUCAUCAACAGCAAAAGAAGACAAAUUAAAAAAUUACAAUAAUAAUAAUAGUCGUGUUAUUAUCAAAAAAUCACCAAGAGCACAGAUGAUAGAAGCCAGACAAAGAAUCCUAUCUUCUAAACUGCUAUCAAAAUCAAAGAGAAGUUUGACAGAUGAAUCAAGUUCUGAUGACAAAAUACUUGAAUUAUUCCAUGAAGAUAUUUCAGAAGAACCGACUGAUAUCGAUACAGAAGAUAAGACAAAGAUUUCUUAUGAACCGAUCUCUGAUUUAAACAAAUCAAAUGAUAAUGUUGAUUCUUACACUUCAUCACAAGUGCAGGAUAAUUGCUUUGAUCGCAUCCCAAGAAAACAAUUUUUAACAGCGCGACGUAAAAGUGAUAACUAUUACUCUUCAGUUGCAAUACACAUAAGUUCUUCAGAUGACUCAAAUUCAAGUUCUUCUUCGGAAGAUUUGAGUCGCACAGAGAGAACAGGAUGGAUUGCUGCACAUAGGCUUCCAAAACUUGAGUUAACUGAAUUUAAAUACGAAACAAAGACCGAUGAAAUGAGAAAGACCCGAAAAGAUAAACAAGUAACUCCACUAGAUGCAAUUGUGCCUUCAUGUGCUUCUAAUUUGCAUAUGCCGCAGGAAAGAAUUCCUAGAAAUAUCACCCCAGCUCCAACAACAACAACUCUUACCCCGCCAACCCCAAAAAUGUUUGAAAUCCACACAAAGCGGGCGAAGAAAAUUUCACCCCGGGGUAAAGAAGACACGACUACCCCUGUUAAGUUAAUUCUAAGACAAAACAGAUCACCUACGCCGUCACCGAAAGUAGGAAAGAAAACGCCUGAAAGCAGCAGAACGUCCUCUGCUGCUACAGUCAAAAGUAAAAAGAGUUUAUCAAAGAACAUAAGCCUGUUUUUUGAAGAACUUAUACCUUUCGUGAAAUCAAGAAGAAAGCGUGUACUGCCUCUACCAUUUGAAAAGAAUGAAUAGAAGAAUUAUUUUUUAAUUAGGCAAUUUUAUAUUUUUAAAGUUCACAACUUAUUCUAUUAUGCACAAAGUGUAUGUUUAUACAUACAUAUAUAUAGUUGAUCUUACUCCACUGCUACUUAUGUGGAUUUACCUUAUGAAAUAUUGCCAACUUGCUGAAACAGGGUUAUGAAUCAAGCGUUGUAUCAAUGAAACCGUUUGGUUUUACAAACUUUCAUGAUUUUUUAUGUGUGAUUGAAAACCAUUGUAUUUAUUCAACUCACUUCACUGUACUUCAAUUAUAUAUCAGCAUUUGUUUUUAGAAUACUAUAUGAAAUAUUUAUUCAGGACAAUUUUCUAGACAAAGUUUUUUUUUUUAUAUAACUUGCCAUAUUAUUGUUCAGUCUACCUUGUAUUUCUUCCUGUAUGUGAUUGAACAAACACUAACUAAUCAAGAAGUUUGCCUCGCGCAUGCGAACAUUCAGACCAAAAAAGCAACUCAGGCAAAAUGGUUGGCAACGUUGACCAAUGACUUUGUUCUAUAUUUCUAUAUUGUGUAAAAACCAUUAAGAGAUCAAAUAUCCAGCUAAUCAAUGUUAGUCCAGACCAUCACAAAAUCGCUUUCGUAGAAUUUGCAUAAAAUUCCUCGAUCUGUGUGAUGUUAUUAUUUCAAAUGUACUGUUUUAUUUCACUUGCAUGCCAUUAUAUAUUGCCGUUUUAUAAAACAUGCUUUCCAAGCAUACCCUAGAAUAUUCUACUACUACUUUAUUUUCUACUAUUUAUAGAAAAAUAAACGUAUCUGCCUCUUAUCUAUUAAGAAAUUAAUAAAAUUGAAACAAGGUUUUAUAA